UCUCACGGCCAGGAGGACCAGAAAGAGGCACAUCCUCAUCUCAGCAUCCAUUCCACAGUUGCCCACCAUCGUCUGCACAUCAUACCAGGCGUGUUACCCCCCCUAGUUUCCCCCCCUUUUCCACGGAUCGGAUUGUUUUGUUUGUCUCAUUCGUUGUUGUUGUUUUUUUUCCGCCGAGAUGGUUUCUGUUUUACAUUGAAUCGCGACUUAUAAAGGAAUUAAGGGCUGCUGCUCGAGACGUGGAGCAUCACUGCAGCGCAGUUAUUUUCACACUGAGCCGACGAUAAACAUCUGUCAUUACUGGCCAUCCAGCAAGAGUGGAGGACGGAGAGCUUAAAUAAAGCAGCGACUCUUUCAGUGGAGGUGAUCUGUGUCUCCUCAGAGAGCAGUGUAGAUGUCUGAGACCAAUAGCAGCCUGUAACCCGGGUCUCCCAGCUCCCAGAAGCAUUGAGCCACUGAGACCCUCAGGAUCUCCCCUGGCAGACGAUCCUCUGACCCAGAGCGGCUGAAGCCCCUGGACACAUCUCGACAGUCACCAUGGGAACAGUGCUGUCUUUGUCUCCUAGCUACCGAAAGGCAGCUCUCUUUGAAGAUGGACCAGCUACCGUGGGCCACUACACAGCUGUCCAGAACAGCAAGAAUGCCAAAGACAAGAACCUGAAGCGCCACUCACUCAUCAACGUGCUACCAUGGAAGCGGAUUGUGGCAGUGUCAGCCAAGAAGAAAGGCUCCAAGAAGGUGCAGCCCAAUGGCACCUACCAGAACAACGUCACCCACCUCAACAACGAGAACCUGAAGAAGUCGCAAUCCUGUGCUAACCUGUCCACCUUUGCCCAAGAUCAGAGCACUCCUGCCCUCACCAAGAGCUCCAACAACACUGCAUCAUCUGUCAAAAAGGCUCCCCUGACCAACUCCAAUGUGGCCCCGGGGACUCCCAAGAGAGUGAUUGUCCAGGCCUCCACCAGUGAGCUGCUGCGCUGCCUUGGGGAAUUUCUGUGCCGACGCUGCUACCGGCUGAAACACCUGUCACCCACUGAUCCAGUGCUGUGGCUGCGCAGCGUGGACCGCUCCCUGCUGCUCCAAGGCUGGCAGGACCAGGGCUUCAUCACCCCCGCCAAUGUGGUCUUCGUGUACAUGCUGUGCCAUGACGUGGUCUCUUCUGAGGUGGCAACAGAGCACGAGCUGCAGGCCGUGCUGCUCACAUGCCUCUACCUGUCCUACUCCUACAUGGGCAACGAGAUCUCCUACCCGCUCAAACCUUUCUUGGUGGAGAGCUCCAAGGAGACCUUCUGGGACCGCUGCCUGUCCAUCAUCAAUAUGAUGAGCGCCAAGAUGCUCCAGAUCAACUCCGACCCGCACUACUUCACCCAGGUGUUUGCCGACCUGAAGAACGAGAGCCAGAAGGAGGAGGAGAGGAGCCGCCUGCUCAUCGGCCUGGACCGGUGA